ACUACUUAAUUUUACUAACUCCUGCUCCUGUUCCUAGUGGCUAGUGCUGCUUCAUUCCUCUGCCUCUGCCCCCAAUUUUUUUAUAUUCACUCACCAUUUUCUCUUUUCUCUUCCUCUGAGAACAAAAAAGGGGAAGAGACACAAAAGAAGAAAGUGUGAGUGAGGGAGGCAGAAUCUGAAUAAUAAUAAUAAUAAUAAAUAGCUGCGUGUUCAAUGAGAGCCACAGAAAAUCAAUAAUGGGAGUAGUUUCUGAAGGAAACGGCGACGUUUUACCAUGGCUGAAAUCGAUGCCGGUGGCGCCGGAGUACCGGCCGAGCGCCGCGGAGUUUCAAGAUCCUAUAAGUUACAUAUUCAAGAUCGAGAAGGAAGCUUCCAAGUACGGAAUCUGCAAAAUCAUCCCUCCCUUCCCACCUUCUUCCAGGAAGACCGCAAUCGCCAACCUCAACCGCUCACUCGUGGAGACCGGCUCCACAUUCACCACGCGCCAGCAGCAGAUCGGCUUCUGCCCCCGCAGGCCCAGGCCCGUCCAGAGGCCCGUCUGGCAGAGCGGUGAUCGCUACACCUUCACCGAGUUCGAGUCCAAGGCCAAGUCCUUUGAGAAGACAUACCUCAAACGCCACGCCAAGAAGGCCUCUGGCCUUGGCCCGGGCCCUCUGGAGACUGAAACGCUGUUCUGGAAGGCGACGCUGGACAAACCGUUCUCCGUGGAAUACGCGAACGACAUGCCGGGGUCAGCCUUUUCCCCGAAAUGCAGGCGCGUAGGGGAUCCAAGCUCACUGGCGGACACUCAGUGGAACAUGAGAGCGGUUUCGAGGGCCAAAGGUUCGCUCUUACAGUUCAUGAAAGAGGAGAUUCCGGGCGUUACUUCUCCUAUGGUCUACGUUGCCAUGCUCUUCAGCUGGUUCGCGUGGCAUGUUGAGGAUCAUGACUUGCACAGCCUCAAUUACCUCCACAUGGGCGCCGGCAAGACCUGGUACGGCGUCCCCCGUGACGCCGCCGUUGCUUUCGAGGAAGUCGUUAGGGUUCACGGCUACGGCGGAGAGAUUAACCCGCUCGUCACUUUUGCUACUCUUGGUGAGAAAACCACAGUGAUGUCUCCUGAAGUAUUAAUUAGCGCAGGUGUUCCAUGCUGCAGGUUAGUACAAAAUGCUGGGGAAUUUGUUGUGACGUUUCCCAGAGCCUAUCACACAGGGUUUAGUCAUGGUUUUAAUUGCGGAGAGGCAGCGAACAUUGCAACACCUGAAUGGUUGAGGUUUGCUAAAGAUGCUGCAAUUCGGAGGGCUUCAUUAAAUUAUCCUCCCAUGGUUUCACACUUCCAGUUACUUUAUGACCUUGCCUUAGCUUUGUGUUCUAGAAUUCCUGUGAGCAUCAGUGCUGAACCUCGUAGUUCUCGUCUUAAAGAUAAGAAGGGUGAAGGAGAGACUGUAACUAAAGAACUAUUUGUCCAAGAUGUGUUACAGAACAAUGAUCUGCUUCAUAUACUUGGGAAAGGAUCUGAUGUAGUACUUCUUCCUCGUAGCUCAGUUGACAUUUCUGUUUGCUCAAAAUUACGUGUUGGAUCCCAACAAUCCAUCAAUGUAAGAAAUUCUGAGGGAAUGCAUUCCUCAAAAGGUUUUGUUUCAGAUGAUCUGGUAUUCAACAGGAGUCCAGGAAUCAAGCAAGAAAAAAGUUUCUAUUUUGUGAAAGACAAGUUUACUACAUUGUGUGAAAGGAACAGGAUUUCCACUUUUAAUGUAAAUGGUAACAUAAGCACUGCAAGCUCUAAUCCACUUCAAAGAGACAAUGAUAGAGAAACUAGUCAAGGAGAUGGGUUAUCAGAUCAGAGAUUGUUUUCAUGUGUAACAUGUGGAAUAUUAUGCUUUUCCUGUGUUGCAAUUGUACAGCCCAGAGAACCAGCAGCUAGAUAUCUUAUGUCAGCUGAUUGCAGCUUCUUUAAUGAUUGGGUUGUUGGUUCUGGAGUAUCUAGCAAUAAGCUUACUAUUGCCCAUGAAGAUGCAACUAUUACCGAGCCAAAUAUGUAUACAGGAUGGAUGAAAAAUAAUGUCCAAGAUGGUAAACAUGAUGUUACUGUUCAAUCUUCUCGGGAGGCUUUAAAUACUGAAAGUGAAAAUGGCAAUACAGCUCUUGCAUUAUUGGCUUCAGCAUAUGGAAAUUCAUCUGACUCUGAGGAAGAUCAUAUUACAGAUGACAGUCAUGAAUCAAAUGUGAUAAACUCUGCUUCAGAAUGUUUACUUUCUCAUACUCAAAAUUCCCAUGCUAGUCCCAUGACUGCACUUGACAGGGAUGACAAUAUUCCUUCAACGAGUGCCACUUGUGAGAAUUUUAUGCAUCGUAGAUUUGAAUGUAAUUUGAAUCAUCAGUCUGUAGACCACUCUUUAAAGAAACCGGAUUAUCAUAUUACAUCAGAGGUUAAAUUUGAAAAUACAAAGAUGGUGCCUAAUUUCACCUCUAAUUGUUCCCAACACACUCAUGAUGCUGACAGGUCAUUGUCUAACAAGUCUAUGGUUCCCUUUGAUAAUAAAAAUACUUCGAUGGUGCUACAAUCUGAUGAAGACUCAUCCAGAAUGCAUGUUUUUUGUCUAGAGCAUGCUGCAGAAGCAGAGCAGCAACUUCGCCCAAUAGGUGGAGCCCACAUGUUGCUCCUAUGUCAUCCAGAUUAUCCCAAGAUAGAGUCUGAAGCAAAAAUGGUGGCAGAAGAUUUGGGGAUUGAUUAUAUGUGGAAGAAUAUUGCAUACAGGCAUGCUUCCACAGAGGAUGAGGAGAGGAUCCAGUCAGCUCUGGACAAUGAGGAAGCUAUUCCUGGGAAUGGUGACUGGGCUGUAAAGCUGGGAAUCAAUCUCUUUUAUAGUGCAAAUCUUAGCCGCUCUCCUCUUUAUAGUAAGCAGAUGCCUUACAAUUCUGUUAUAUACUAUUCAUUUGGUUGUAGCUCUCUAGCAAGCUCACCCAUAGAACCAAAGGUCUACCAAAGAAGGGUCAACAGGCAGAAAAAGGUUGUUGCUGGAAAAUGGUGUGGUAAAGUUUGGAUGUCCAAUCAGGUCCAUCCCCUUUUAGCAAAAAGAGACUCUGAAGAUGUUGAGGAUGAGAAACUCAUACUUGGGUGGAUAUUACCUGAUGAGAAAUUUGAGAAAUCAGGAAGUACCCCCAAAAGAGAAACUACUAGCAGAAAAUCAGGUAAGAAAAGGAAAAUGACAGCAGAGAAUGGACGACCCAGGAAAGGAAGUUAUGCUAAGAAAAAUUUAGUUGCUGAUAAUUCCACUGAAGAUAAACACAACUCACAGCCAAGGAGGAUUCUUAGAAAUAAGAAAGCUAGGUUUGUUGAAAGAGACCAUGCUGCUUUGAAAGGGGAUUAUUCUCCUUCAUAUCAUCGGAAACCUAUAAGCAAGCAAGCAAACUGCUCUGAAAGUGAUGCAGUUUCGGAUGAUUCGCUUGAUGAUGAUGAUCACAUGCAGCAAAGCAGAAAUGUUAAAGUUGAAAAGGCUAAAUUUAUGGACAAUGAUGUGGUUUCAAAUGAUACGAUGGACUAUGACUCUGAUUGCCAGCAGAGGGAAGAACAUAGCAGCAAGCAAGUUGAAGAUAUGGAGAGAGAUGCAAAUUCAGAAGAUUUUUUGGAUGUUGGUUCUCUUCAGCUGCAACGGAAGACUUCCAGAGCCAUGCAUGCCAAAAGCAUCAAUGAAGAAGAUAUAAUUUCUGAUGACCAAAUGGAGAGUCCUUUUCGAAAGAGGCAAAAGAGAAUUCCUAAAAACAGGCAGGGCAAAUACCUUACUGGAAAAGAUAUAAUAUCUGACAACCAACUAGAGCUGAAAAUGAAGAAGCAGCAACGGAUGAAUCCUAAAAGCAGGCAAGCCAAAUACCUCAACGAAGAGGAUAUUGCAUCAGAUGACCAAUUGGAGGACCAUUAUCGUAGAUAUCAAAGGAAUCCUAAAGGCAGACAGGCCACAUGUGUAGCAGGGGAAGAUGAAAUGUCUGAUGACCAAUUGGAGAAUCAUUGUCAGAAGCAGCAAACAAAUUUCUCUAGGAAAAGGCAAAACAAAGGCAAUGUUAGAGAGGUUAAAAACGAAAUGUGUGAUGACCAAUUGGAGGACCAUUUUCUGAAGCAGCAUAGAAGAUUUCCUAAGAGCAGGCAAAAUAAACACACUGAGAAAGAAGUCAUGAAUGACUUAGCUGAGAAUAAUUCUCAUCUGCUGCAUAGAACUCCUAAAAGGAAGCAAGCUAAAUGCAUGGAAGAUGAUAUGAAUUCAGAUGAUGAAAUGGAAGAUGAUCAGCCGCUGAGGAGAGCACUUCGAAGUAAACAAGCUAAACCAAAGACACUUCUGAAACAAGCUAAUUCCUUCCAAGCAAAAAAGCAGGCAUCUCGGCCCAUCAAACAGGGCUCUCGGUUGCUUGUGAAAUCAAAGGCUCCUCAGCAAAUAAAACAGCCUGCUCAUUUGUGGAAUAAGCAAUCUAAUAACACUCAGGAAUUUAGUUUAUAUAUGGAAGAGGAGGAAGAUGGUGGACCUAGCACACGCCUUAGGAAGAGAGCCACAAAAGCUCAGGAAUCUGAAGGAAAAUUGAAAGACAAGCAAACAAAAAGGAAGAAGGUGAAGAAUGCUGCAGCUGCAAAGGUUUCGGUUGGCCAUGCCAAAAUGAAGGAUGGGGAAGCAGAAUAUCGGUGUGAUAUUGAUGGGUGCGCUAUGAGUUUUGGGUCGAAACAGGAGCUGAUGCAUCAUAAGAAAAACAUCUGCCCUGUAAAAGGGUGUGGGAAGAAGUUUUUCUCACACAAGUAUCUGGUGCAGCACCGUCGAGUUCAUGAGGAUGAGCGCCCGUUGAAGUGCCCUUGGAAGGGAUGCAAGAUGACUUUCAAGUGGGCAUGGGCUCGUACCGAGCACAUUCGAGUCCACACUGGUGCAAGACCUUAUGUAUGUGCCGAGCCAGAUUGUGGACAAACAUUCAGAUUUGUGUCUGAUUUCAGUCGUCAUAAGCGAAAGACUGGUCAUUCAGCAAAGAAGAAUUGUCAAUAGCAAGUGGAAUAGAUGUUUAAUUGUUAUUUAACAUGACUUUUUUAUGUAUUUAUGAAUCCAUUGCUCAAUUGACCCUGCUAGGACUAGGGUUUCCUAACAGUUUAGGAUGUCCCUGCAAUUGCCAUUUGUAGCUAACUGUUAAUUCUGUUGCCUUACGGGUCUUCAACCCAUUUGUUUAUUACCAUUAAAGCAAUUGCUUUGCUUGGAUCUAGAAUCAUGAUUCUCAUGGAGUUCAUAUCACUUUCAAUUGUUGUUCAAGCCUU